AUGAUAAGACUGCUGAUAAGAGGAUUCGUCGCGCUUGCGCCCAACGGUCUCACUUUGCCGAUGUUUGGAUGUCACUCGCUUGACAAAGAUACGCUCGACCAACUGAGUCGUCGCUCUGCUGCCGAGCGUAUUUACAGCCUAACCGCGAUAAAGCGUCGCCGUGAUACGGUAGCCACCGAGGGCUUCGUCGGAAAUUUUCUGCGAGAAAUGCGACUAAUACCUAUAGAAAAGUUCCAUUUCCAGAAAGUGAGGCCGAAAACUGGCAUGAGUGUGUACAAUAACGUGCACACAUUCCUACAAUCCAACAAAACUCCUCUUAUGAAAUCGAGCAGCCCGAACAUUUUCUACACGAAACUCCCGGAACAUCAUCGCUCAAACAAGUCACUACCGUCACCGUUCACCGUGUUAAUUACAUCACCAGUACCGGAUGGAACGAUAGUAACGGUGGCAGCCGGAAACGAUGAGACUCCAUCUGGUGAGGUGCGACACGAUACGGCAAAAGUGAUCGGACAAGUAGCUCGUUUCAGUGAUCUGCGAUUCGUCGGAAAAAGUGGACGAGGCAAAAAUUUCCAUCUUACCAUAUGUGUACAUACAAAACCGAUGAUGGUAGCGAUGGUGGCGCGAGCGAUCAAGGUUACCGUAGACGGUCCCCGUGAAGCUCGAACUCCAAACGCGGCACUAACACAUCGGCGACGACCGUGUGCCACCUUUGCCAGCCCGGUGCCACCGUUUUUCCCAACUUAUCCACCUCUGUUAUGGUUCACUACACCGGACUUCCGUACCAUACCUGCGCUGCUCACUCGGCCUGCUCCAAACGACACGUCACCGGAAAGUGGUAGGAAUGUCUGUCAACCGGUUAGCCAAGAACCACCUAGGAAACGAGCGCGAAAACAAUCCUCAUCCAAUUCACCAACGUCAUCACCGCCAGUUUGGCGGCCUUGUCCAUUUGAUUAA